GUACUGCCAUGUGAACGUGCCGGACGAGUUGUUGCGGGACCUACUUCCAGGACCUGUGACCCUGGUUUUAAAACGUUCAGAAGAACUAAAUAAAGACUUGAAUCCUUUUACAUCGCUGGUUGGCGUUCGUAUUCCAAACCACCCUUUUGUUAGGGAGUUGGCACGAGCUUGCUCUGGACCACUGGCUUUAACAAGUGCUAACAUCAGCUCUCAGGCGAGCACGCUGACAGUUUCGGAAUUCCAAGACCUGUGGCCUCAGUUGUCCUUAAUCAUCGAUGGAGGCCCAAUAGGGGACAUCCAGAGCCCAGAGUGUCGUUUGGGGUCAACUGUGGUUGACUUAUCUGUGUUGGGGAAAUUCACCAUCAUUCGUGCUGGCUGUGCACUGACACCUACAGUUGAAAUUCUGAGGCAGAAGUAUGGCUUGAUACCAGAAUCAUCUUAA